AUGUCUCAUCCACAAAAGUCCGAUACUCUCGCUUCAAUUCAGGAACUCAACGCAGCUCUCCAAAAUCUCACUGUCGAAAGCCCCAGGCUCGGGUUUCUAUCCCUAUCCGGUGAACUUCGGAACAAGAUAUAUUCAGACCUCGCCAAUGAACGUAUAAACCACGACGCUCCCGUCAACUCAGAGACCACAUCAUUCUCCUCGACCCCAAACUACCUGCACACGCCCGCACACCAGAUCGUGCUGUAUUACGAGAACAAAGACGACAUUCUAUACGAACCUCCAGAAUGGAACACCAUAAAACGCUACGAUAUGGGCCUCACGCAGACCUGCCAUCAAAUACGAGAAGAAUACGAAGCUACUUAUCGACAAAACCACUCAAUGUCCAUCUCGCUCGAUGCCCUUGUAUCUAGCACCGCCUCCCUUUAUCCUGACCAGCCUCCCAUCCUUCCCCUAGGCAACGUACGCAUCACAGUCCGAGAGUCCUCGUGGUCAACACCCAACAUCGACAUUCUCCCUUUUCUGAAGGCAUACAAAAGCUCUCCGUCCUUGAAGCUGCACUUCGACCUCCCCGAACACGCGCGGACUGCUUUUGGCGAUGUGUUCAGCGUGAGGGAGAAUAACAAGUGGUGGGUCGGUGUUGAGGAGCAUGUCGCGUUUAUACAUGUGUGGCCUGAGGUAUACGGCGAGAGAGCUAAAGUCGGGAUUACGGUUACCAAGGAGUUUGAGAUGAAGCGGAGGAGGGGAAGGAGGGGAGUUCAGAAAGAGUGGGAUGCUUUAAGGGACGGGACCCGACGAAACGAGAAUACCGGUAUCAAGAAGAUGUUUACACCCGUCGAGACUUCCAUCGGCGCCUUUCUGCUACACCAAGCGACUAGCAACCUCCUCUAUCAGAAUGGCGAUAUCCUGGGACUCAGCGGCUAUCUGCGUCGACUCUUCUCUGCGCCUACGAAGGAACUGCUCGCUUUCUUCACGGGCAUGGCUGCCAGCUAUGUUCCGUUGAAGGCAUUAGCACCGCAGUUGAUCACGGAGUAUCCUGCUGUACAGACAAGUCCACAGAGUGCUCUGUUUACGCUAGCGAUUGGUGCUCUGAUAGGAUGGGGAACAAAGAUGUCGAAUGGGUGUACAUCCGGACACAUGCUGUGUGGACUCCCCAGACUGAGUGGACGCUCAGCAAUCGCAGUUGCUACCUUCUUUCCCGCGGCGAUCAUAACACAUCACCUCGUCAAUCCGAGCCUAUCGAGUCCGAUGUGCCCCGGCAGUGCACCAUGCUACACGCCUGUGUAUCCAUCAACCGAGACAACCGCAUCUCUUCUCGUACUCGCCAUAUUCAGCAUCUUCGCCGCGCGAACCAUACCCAAACUCGUAGCCCAGGUCACGGUUGCACCAUCAGCCAAGGACGCCAAACACCAGCCUGCGGAUACACAUACUGCUGCACGCCUUACGACGCAGUCCUUCUCCGGUCUUCUUUUCGCCCUCGGUCUUCACAUUUCGCAGAUGUCGCACCCCGAAAAGGUAGCCGCUUUCUUCUCUUUCCCGAACUUGCAACAUUGGGACCCGUCACUCGCUCUGGUCAUACUCUUCGGCGUCCUGCCCAACCUGAUCGAGAACCAGAUGAAAGGCUUCACCAGCCCGCCAUCGUUCGCCGACAAGUUUUCGCUGCCUACGAAAACACUACAAGAUGUGGAUAUAAGAUUCGUUGUCGGAGCUGCAGCUUUUGGUAUUGGCUGGGGCUUGACAGGAAUUUGUCCUGCUGACUUGACAUCUAGCUGCUCGAACGAUGUGCGUCUAUCCACUAAUGUCACGAUUCUCGAGGCGCCAUACAAGAAUGUCGCUGCCGCUGGGCCUCCGCCUCCGCCCCCUCGAACUCCUCCGCCCGGACUGCCAGAUCGGCCUCCUCCGAAUCCACAAAACGAACCUGCGACUGAUGAGGUCUGGGAUAGGUGCAGGAGAAAGGGAUGCACGCUCUCGUGGGCGAUGAGCCACGACGACAGCGAAGUCGGACCCCAGUACAACCCAGGACGUACCACGGCAGCAUCACCGUACCAGAAUCGUAAUCAACUCGGAAGAUGGUUCUGGCAGUAUUUUCAAUUUGAUCCAAGCGACGAGGCGGAUUCUUUUUUCAACUUCUAUUUGACAUGGGGUAUCGGUGAAGCACUCGCAAGUCUCGGACUCAACCCCAACGCAGACAGAUUCGAAGGUGGCGAGAACCACGUCGUCUCCUAUCAGCACAACUUGCCUGGAUUCGAUGAGGAUAUUGAUGAUCAAACGUACUAUGUUGACGGCAAGCAGUACCGGGCCACAGGUGCUGAUUUUACCUUCUCACUCAACAUCAACGAAGGCGUCAUCAUAGCAAUGAGCCGUACAAGCCCCAAGGAAAUAGGCAAGGGAAAGGACCCGCCAAUUACCGGUGACGGACUGCCACGCCUUAAUCAAUUCUCAGACGUGGCGUGGCUGGAGUGGCAACAUUUGAUGAACCAGAACAAUGGCGAUGUCAGAAACAUGCGUUACUUCGUGUCUGUGUUGGUUGUCAACCGAGAGACUCAGUCAGUGGUGCUGAGAGCACUGCGCACUCGAGGUAAAAAUCUAGAAGAUUUUCCAGGGCAGACGUUCGAACGGGGGACAGACGAAAUGAAUGCAAUCAUGGGCACGCCGAACAUGCAAGGCUUCGCAUAUAUGCUGGUUCAGCACAAAGCGCAGCUGGGCAACAUGUACAUCAAGAAGAUCCAAGUCUUCAAGUGCGUGACGAUGCGCGAGCCUCCUUGUAUCAUCGCGCAUGUAUCCAAGCCAGACGCCUGGGUUGACCCUGGGGGCGGCGAAGUCGCCAGACGCGACGGAGGCCAUAACGUAGCGCGUAUGCACAAGAUCUUCGCGAAGCUUUGA